ACAGAGUACAGAAACCAUUGACCGAAACCUAAAGACCGAAAAAGAUGGGAUCUGGUUCAUCAUCCUACACGCCCAAGACGAUCCACCUGGAUAUGGAUGGAAAGGUGCAGAAAGUACUCUUCAGUCGCCACUGCAGUCCCUGUGACAUCAAGGAGUUGUUGUGCUCGUGUUCAAACAUCCCCAGAAACACAGCCAUCAUGCUUAUGAAUCAAGAUGGUGCUAUCAUCUCCAUUGACCCCACCAUGCCGACCAACACCCAGACUACUCCAUACAAGGUUGUGCCGGUUUCCACUGGACAGCUGGGAGAGAAAGAAGAGAUGUUCCAAAAUGUGUUAUCACAGGUGGCUGAGCAAUUUAGCAGGGCCUUCAGGAUCAAUGAGCUGAAGACAGAGGUGACAAACAGAUUGGCCAUGUUAGAAAAGAGAGUGGAGUUGGAGGGUCUCAAGGUGGUGGAGAUUGAGAAGUGCAAAAAUGACCUCAAGAAGCUGCGAGAUGAGAUGUCUUCUCGCAGCAGCCAGGUGGUCAAACUCUGUCCCUGUAAAUAUAAUUUCUCAGAUGAUAGCAAAAAGCUGACACCACGGAGAGAUGUCCUAAGCUAUCCCAAGUACACCUUGUCUCAGGAGACCAUCGAGGCCCUCAAGAAGCCAACCUUUGAAGUGGUGUGGCACUGGGAGCACAAUGAGAUGCUGAGCUGCUUGGAGUAUAUGUACCAUGAUCUUGGGCUGGUAAAGGAGUUCAACAUCAACCCCAUCACACUGAAGCGGUGGCUGGUAAGACAUCUAGAAAACUACCGCAGCAACCCCUUCCACAAUUUCCGUCACUGCUUCUGUGUAAGCCAGAUGAUGUAUGGUAUGAUCCACUUGUGCAACCUACAGGAGAAGCUUACCUUGACUGACAUGGGCAUCCUUAUGACAGCAGCAGUGUGCCAUGACCUUGAUCACCCAGGAUACAAUAACACGUACCAGAUCAAUGCCCGCACUGAGCUGGCAGUACGCUACAAUGACAUUUACACCCUGGAGAACCCACACUGUGCUGUGGCCUUCCAGAUCCUCUCGCAGCGAUGUAACAUCUUCGCUAAUGUUGAUCCUGAGGUCUUCAAGCAGAUUAGACAGGCCAUCAUCACGCUGAUCCUCGCCACAGACAUGGCCAGACAUGGGGAGAUUUUAGACUCUUUCAAGCAAAAAGUUGACAAUUUUGACUUCACCAAUGAGGAGCAUGUGACCUGUCUGAAGAUGGUCCUGAUUAAGUGCUGUGACAUCUCCAAUGAGGUGCGGCCCACAGAAGUAGCAGAGCCCUGGGUGGACUGUUUGCUGGAGGAAUAUUUCAUGCAGAGUGACAGGGAGAAAUCCGAAGGUCUCCCAGUUGCUCCGUUUAUGGACCGUGACAAAGUCACUAAGGCGACUGCCCAGAUUGGCUUCAUCAAGUUUGUCCUUAUCCCAAUGUUUGAGACAGUCAUGAAGCUGUUCCCCCAGAUAGAAGAGAUCAUGGUCCAGCCGCUUCGAGACUCCCGAGAUCAUUAUGAGGAGCUUAAGCAAAUAGAUGAUGCUAUGACCGAGGCACAGAAGAAAAAAACGGAAAAUAUGUCACUAGGAGGCAAGAAGAAGUAGGAAGGCCCACACCUGUGUGGGGAGACCGGGUCUCAUCUGCUUUUCUGGUUUGGAAUCCACCACCGGCCAUCAAACUGAGCUCAGUAGUGCACGCCCUGUGCCACUGAUGUUUUUUGCUAUCGGAG